AUGGCUGAACAGUCACAAGAAUCAUCUGACAAAAAUGUCGAAAUCUGGAAAAUUAAAAAACUAAUUAAGAGUUUAGAAGCAGCGAGAGGCAAUGGUACAAGUAUGAUUUCAUUAAUCAUUCCACCUCGUGAUCAAAUACCACGGAUUGCUAAAAUGCUCGCUGAUGAAUAUGGCACAGCAUCCAAUAUUAAAUCACGUGUGAAUCGAUUAUCUGUCCUUUCUGCUAUUACUUCGGUACAAGCUCGAUUGAAACUUUACAAUAAAGUUCCAAAUAAUGGACUUGUUAUCUAUUGUGGAACAAUAGUAACAGAGGAUGGUAAAGAAAAAAAAGUCAACAUCGACUUUGAACCUUUCAAACCAAUCAAUACUUCACUUUAUCUAUGCGAUAAUAAGUUUCAUACAGAAGCAUUACAAGCAUUACUCGCUGAUGAUUCUCGUUUUGGUUUCAUUAUCAUGGAUGGUAAUGGUGCAUUGUUUGGUACUUUACAAGGCAACUCUCGAGAAGUUCUAACAAAAUUUUCCGUUGACUUACCUAAAAAACAUGGUCGUGGUGGUCAAAGUGCUCUUCGAUUUGCUCGACUUCGCAUGGAAAAACGUCACAAUUAUGUUCGAAAGGUUGCUGAAACAGCUGUGCAGUGUUUUAUAACAGACGAUAAAGUCAAUGUUUCUGGAUUAAUUCUCGCUGGUUUAGCUGACUUUAAAACUGAACUUCAUCAAUCGGAUAUGUUUGACCCGCGUUUACAAGUUAAAGUACUUAAACGCGUCGAUAUUUCCUAUGGUGGAGAGAAUGGAUUUAAUCAAGCUAUUGAAUUAGCUGCUGAAACACUUGGUGAUGUGAAAUUUAUUCAAGAAAAAAAAUUAAUUUCUCGAUAUUUUGAUGAAGUAUCAAAAGAUUCUGGCCAGUACUGUUUUGGCAUUGAAGAAACAUUGAAAGCACUGGAAAUGGGAGCUGUUGAAACAUUAAUUGUUUGGGAAAAUUUUGAUGUUAUGCGUUAUGUUUUACGUAAUCCACAAUCACAAGAAACAAAAGUUUUACACUUAAGAUCGGACCAAGAAAAAGAAAAAUCACAUUUUCAAGAUAAAGAAUCAGGAGUCGAGUUAGAACAUGUUGAAGAACUACCUUUACUCGAAUGGUUCGCAAAUAACUACAAAAAUUUCGGUGCCACACUUGAAAUUGUAACCGACAAAAGUCAAGAAGGCUCUCAAUUUGUUCGUGGCUUCGGUGGUGUCGGCGGUAUUCUUCGGUAUAAAGUUGAUCUUCAAAAUUUAAAUGUUGAUGAAGAUGCUGAACCGAUCGAUUACAGUGAUUAUGAUUGA